AUCACAGUCGGUCUCUCUGUCUUUGGCAUCCACGCAUUUAUGUUCAAGUGUUCAUGCCGUCGUGUGGCUGCUGCUGCUGCUGCUGCUCUUGGCUGUCCUCCGUGUCGUCGAUGAACGGUAUGCUGCCCAUGAAUGUCUCGACCUGCUUGGUACACACACACACAUACACACAACACAUACAGAGGUGCAUCUCCCUCCCCCUCUCAGUGUCCAUCAUCCUGCUCUUGCCUUCUUGGCUUUGUCACUGUCGAGUGCCGUCUUGUUGAUGAGUGUCUCCCUCGCACUCGACUGCGCGAUGGUCUGGAGGCUGCCAAGGUGCAGCAGGCUGUCGAUAUCGAUGGCACGCAGCCCGCCGAUGUGAGAGAGGAACCGACACACGAGCGCACCGCUCGACAGAUGGCCAUCCAGCAGAUGCUGCAGCACGGACUGAGACGGCGGAAUGUCGCGAAUCACAGAGGGCAGCAACGGCUGACACACACACACACACGCAGACACAUCAGUGGAUGGUGGAUGUCAAUGUGUUGUGCCGUCUUACAGCGGGACUGGCGAGUGAGAGCAUCCUCUGUGUGGCGUCGUGCUCAUCUCUGACUGGGAUUGGGUUGGGCAGCUUGGCGAGUGGCGUCUCGGCGAGUGCCGUCUGGAAUGUGUGAAACUCAGACGCACUCAACAGACACAGCACAUACGACCUGACAAAGACACACACACUCGACAGACAGACGCGCGGAUUCUGUGUAUCUCUCUCUGUGUGUGUGUCACUGACGCAUUGGUUCCUCUGCACAUCUCGGGAGACGUGACGCGGGCGAUGUUCUUCUCGACGUUGCCAACACUGACACACACACAGUGAGAGAGUGAGACAGGCAUCCACGCUGUGUGUGUGUCUCUCUGUGUUAGUUCACUCCUUCACUUGAUGUCGUGUGACGCGACGAUGGCGAAUCUUAUGUCGUAUGGAUGAUCGUCGUUCUUGAGCAGCACAAAGUCACACGCGUUGCCAGCACCCAACACUGCAUCCAACACACAAAUCACACACAGACAUGGACACGUUGCUUGUCGGUCUAAUGUCUCUGCCGUGCACGUGUGUGGUUACCUUUGAAGGUGUAGUUGAGAUUGAGCAGGUUGGUCUUGAUCUUGCCGUGCUGUCUGCGUGGCGACACCAGCGCCACACGACCCUGCUGCUGCUGCUGCUGCUGGUCGGCAGCGACGCCGCCAGUGUCACUCAUCAUCGUUGAUUCACGAUAUGCAGCGUGUGUGAAUCAAUCAAUCAGAAGCGGGAGACAACAAGACUGCAGAGAGCUGUGACUGUUUGGCAAUCCGUGAGAGUUGUACAUGUACGUACACGAAAGCAUUGUGGCACGAUCUACUGCAGUUCAUCGUCGCCUUUGUCUUCCUCCUCCCCUUCCUUUUUGUCCCGCCCCUCUGCACCCUCCCCCUCCCCCUCCCUCUCGCCCUCGCCCUCGCCUCGGUGCGGACAGGCACGCACCCAUCCCAUGCACUCACUCAUAGACUACACAGCCCGCCCUCCCGGGCCCUAGCUAGAAUGAGCCAGGUGAGGCU